AUGGUCGUCGGUUAAAGAAGUACUUGUGUCUCUGUGUUGCCAAACAAGCCAGCCUUUAACUUAACUUUGUUUGUUUAUUAUGGCCUUUCUUAUUCAUCAAGUUAGAGUUGGUUUGAGGAGCAGCGCUGUGUCUAGUGCCCGUGUCUGGGCGGCUUCUUAUCAUGAGAAGGUAAUAGAUCAUUAUGAAAGACCUCGCAAUGUUGGCUCCAUGAACAAAGAUGAUUCUAACGUUGGCACUGGAUUGGUGGGAGCCCCAGCCUGUGGUGAUGUCAUGAAGCUUCAGAUUAAGGUUGAUGAUGAUGGCAAGAUAGUGGAUGCCAAGUUCAAGACAUUUGGUUGUGGGUCAGCUAUCGCCUCGAGCUCUCUGGCUACCGAGUGGAUCAAGGGAAAGUCUCUGGAGGAUGCCACUAAGAUCAAGAACACAGACAUUGCCAAGGAACUCUCUCUCCCACCAGUCAAACUCCAUUGCUCCAUGUUGGCUGAGGACGCCAUUAGAGCAGCCCUCAAAGAUUAUAAAAUCAAGCAAGGGAAACAAGAAGUCACUGGCUGACUCAACACAUUAUUAACAUUGCUGUGUAUAAUUAUGAUAAUUAUGAUUGCGCUGUUAUUGUGUUGUUUUGUUCAAAUGUUUGUAUCUGACAAUGUUCAAAUGAUAUCCUCCUUUCUUUG